AUGAUCAAUCGAGUUAUAGAGUCCAUUGUAUCUCAGUUUCAAAUCGUGCUAGGUAGUUCAUCUGAACGUAGAUAUGAAAUUUUACAACAAGUUAUGGGGGUCCCCCAAAUUACCAUUAUGAAGCCAAGUUUUGAAGAAGAUUUGAAUAAAAGUGAAUUCAGUAACCCUGUGAAUUAUGUAAUUGAGACUUCACGUCACAAGGCAUUGGGUAUUGUUAACGAUUUGAAAGAUAAUAAAACCACUUCUGCUGUUGCUAGUCCCCCAAAACUAAUCGUUUGUGCAGAUACUGUGGUUAUAGAUUCACAAGGUAAUAUACAUGAGAAACCCCAGUACAAGGAGAUUCAAUUGAAGAAUCUGAAAAAAUUCUGUUAUGAAUUGAAUGAACCACUGAAAGUCGUUACUGCUGUCACUGUUGUUAGGUGGAAUCACAGUGGUGACUACGAGAUUAGAGAUACUUUUACCGAGGAGACUAAACUGUAUAUGGAUUCUCAGACACCUCUAGAUCUGUUAGAAGACUAUGUAGCAAGUGGUGAAGGAACUCAAGUGGCAGGAGGGUUCAAGAUCCAGGGCGCUAGUGCCGUUUUUAUCAAAAAGAUCGAUGGUGACUAUUAUAAUGUUGUGGGACUGCCAUUGAACAAAACAUUCCAAGCAUUGUACAGAGAACUACAGAAUACUGGAACAUCAGCAAUAUAA